CUUCUCCUUACCAAUUCUUUCACAUUUUCAUCAAUUUUCCUCUCUGAAAGACAACCUUUUUCACUCUGUGUUGUCAAAAAAGCCAGAAACUUUGAAUCUUGGUGAGUUUUUCUUGUUAUUUUCUUGAAAACAUGAAUUGGGUUCUCGUUAAAAUUCAUGAAAGUUGUAUUCUUUUACAUUUUCAUCAAUCUGAAAAACACUGAAAGACUGAAUCUUUUGAGUCUGUUUUACAUUUUCUGUUGUCAAAAAUCAAAAAAACUUUAAAUCUUGGUGAGUUUUUCUUGAAGAUAUCAAUUGGGGUCCUGUUAAAAUUCAUGAAAGUUGUGUUCUUUCAUAUUUUCAUCAAUCUUUUUUUCUGAAAAUCUCAGUAAGACUGAAUCUUUUGAGUCUGUUUCCAUUGAUGUUGUUCAUUUCCUACUGUCACAAAGCCAAAAAAAUUGAAUCUUUGUGAGUUUUUCUUGUAGUUUUCUUGAAGAUAUCAAUUGGGGUCUUGUUAGAAUUCAUGAAAGUUGUAUUCUUUCACAUUUUCAUUGCUGAAAACCUCAGAAAGAUUGAAACUUUUGAGUUUGGUUCCAAUAUUGUCAUAAUCCAAAGAAGAAGAAAAAAUUGAAUCUUGGUGAGUUUGUCUUAUAGUUUUCUUGAAAACAUGAAUUGGGUUCUUGUUAAAAUUCAAGAAAGUAAUGUUCUUUCUCCAUCAAACCAACCAUUAUUCCUUGAACCACCCCCACCCCCAGUUUCUACACAUGAUUCUGGUGGUGGUGGUGGUCUUUUCAAUUUGAAUAACAAUGUUAGUCCAAGUAUACUUCUUGUCAUCAUAAUUCUUGCAAUUAUCUUCUUCAUAUCUGGUUUGCUUCACUUACUUGUUAGAUUCCUAUUAAGGCCACCAAAUAGAGAUCCAGAUGAUUUUGACAAUGUGACAGCCCUUCAAGGUCAAUUACAACAACUUUUUCAUCUUCAUGAUGCUGGUGUAGAUCAAUCUUUUAUUGAUACACUUCCUGUUUUCAAUUACAAAUCCAUCAUUGGUGUAAAAGAUCCUUUUGAUUGUGCUGUUUGUUUGUGUGAAUUUGAGCCUGAUGACAAACUUAGAUUGCUCCCAAAAUGUAGCCAUGCUUUUCAUAUGGAGUGUAUUGACACUUGGCUUUUGUCUCAUUCAACUUGCCCUCUCUGUAGAGCUAGUCUUUUGCCUGAUUUCUCUUCACCAUCAAAUAACAACCAUAAUUGUUCCCCUGUUGUGUUUGUUCUUGAAUCUGAUAGUGGAAGUUCAAGAGAAACUAUUGUUCCUAAUAGUCAUGAAUUGGUAGGGUCAUUGAGGAGGAACAAUUCAAUUUCAAGAUUGAGUUUGAGUAGUUCCCUUUUUGAUGACAACAUUAGUGUUUCUGAUAUUGUUGUUGUGGCAAAAUCUUGUGAUGAAAUCCAAGCAAAAGAAGGGGAAAUCGAAAAAGUUGUACAAGUGAAACUAGGGAAAUUCAAGAAUGUGGAUCCACAAGAUAAUCAUCUAGGUAGUAGUGGUGAUGAUCAAGAAGGAAGUAGCAAAGAUAUUGAUUCAAGAAGGUGUUUUUCAAUGGGAUCAUUUGCUUAUGUAUUAGAUGAAACCACAUCUUUACAUGUUCCUAUUAGGAGAACACCAUCAAAAAAGCAAGCAAUCAAGAAGCCAAAUCAUAGACAAGCAAUGUCUGAAUGUGGAUGUGAUUCAAGAAGGGAAUUCAAUGGAUUUGAGGGAUUCAAAUUUGCUGAAAAAUCAAUGCACAACAUGAGUAUCAACAAUGAAAACAAGAUUCUUGAACAAGGGAAUUGCAAAAGAGAGAGCUUUUCAGUGUCCAAGAUUUGGUUAAGGGGAAAAAAAGAUGAGAGUACUACUAAUUCAAGAAGGGCAUUUUCAUUCCGGUUUCCGGCCAACCGGAAUAUUCCAGUCGCGGCAGAGCCAGGUGGCCCCGCCCCCGCCGCGACCAAGAAUGGUGGUAGGAGGACAGUUUCAGAGAUUGAUAUUGGUACAUGGGAAAACAAUGGAGGAUGUGAUGAAGAAAAUCAAUGUUCUAAUAGAUUGGAAUUUCAACCAAAGACACCAUCUUUUGCAAGAAGAACACUUCUUUGGCUUAUGGGAAGACAAAACAAAGUUGUGCACUCUUCUUACUCAUCAAAUCUCUAGUCUUUUCAUUUGAAAUCUUUAGUUUUUGAAUAGCAUAGUUAUCUCAAUACACAAACAUUUAGCAUAUUGUGUAUCAAAUUGAUGGAUUUUCAAGAGUAAAUUAGUAUAGUAUAGAUGAACAAUUCUUUUUGCAAUUUCAUGCUUGGUGGUUUUUGGUAUACUAUACUAAAUUUUCAA